UCUGCUAAACCUAAAAAAAAAAACAAACCAAAAAACCAACCCACAAAAAAAAAAAACCCAAAACAAAAAUGUUCCUGUGUGAGAAUCGUUAGGAUACUGAACUGAGCACAGAACUGUCUUACAUCCUGCCAUCCGCAGUCUUCCAGAAAAGGACAAAAUCCCCGGAAGAUAGAAUUAAUUUCUUCCAUGAAAUCCCGUAAAUGGUCUACAUCAGCCGAAUAUAUUAAAGAAAAUGAAGUAUUAAAAAAGGGUCUCCUUUCAACCUAUUUCUUCAUUAGCAUAUUCCUCCUGAACUGAAGAAUAAAUGGGAUCUGAAAUGAAUUUAAUAGGACAUCACCAGCUAGCCACUGCUGAUGGAUUUUCUCUUGCUGAAGGUCCUCAUUUGUUUGGUGUCCUUUCAGAGCCAAUGAGUUCUCCAGUGCAAGAGGCAGAUGUGUCACCUUACACACAGUACAACAGUGUGCCAUUUCCCCAAGUUCAGCCUCAGAUUUCAUCGCCACCUUAUUACUCCAACCUAGGCUUCUACCCUCCGCAGCAUGAGGAAUGGUAUUCCCCCGGGAUGUACGAGCUCAGGAGAAUACCCUCAGAGACCUUUUUCACAAGGGAGACGGAGAUAAUGGAUAUCCCUGCAGCCAAAAAGCCUAGACUGGGGCACUCCACGGGAAGAGUGAAAGGAGAAGAGCUCUGUGUGGUCUGCGGCGACAAAGCCUCUGGGUACCACUACAAUGCCCUUACUUGUGAAGGAUGCAAAGGGUUCUUCAGAAGAAGCAUCACAAAAAAUGCAGUAUACAAGUGUAAAAAUGGAGGCAACUGCGAGAUGGACAUGUACAUGAGGAGAAAAUGCCAGGAGUGCCGCCUAAGGAAAUGCAAGCAAAUGGGCAUGUUGGCUGAAUGUAUGUAUACAGGUCUGUUAACAGAAAUACAAUGCAAGUCAAAAAGGCUACGGAAAAAUGUGAAACAGCCCCCAGAUCAGACAGUCAAUGAAGAUAAUGAAGGCCAUGACAUGAAACAAGUGACAUCUACAACUAAAAUAUAUAGGGAGAAAGUAGAAUUUACCCCAGAACAGCAGAACCUUCUUGAUUACCUCAUGGAUUCGUACAGUAAACAACAAAUACCACAGGAGGUGUCAAAAAAACUAUUACAUGAGGAAUUCAGUGCUGAAGAAAAUUUUCUGAUUUUAACAGAAAUGGCUACCAGUCAUGUGCAGGUUCUUGUGGAAUUCACUAAAAAACUACCAGGCUUCCAAACCCUUGAUCAUGAAGAUCAGAUUGCUUUGCUGAAGGGCUCAGCAGUAGAAGCCAUGUUCCUCCGUUCAGCUGAGAUCUUCAGCAGGAAACUCCCCACAGGACAUACUGUCCUUUUAGAAGAAAGAAUUCGCAAUAGUGGUAUCUCAGAUGAAUUCAUAACUCCCAUGUUUAAUUUUUAUAAAAGCAUUGGAGAGUUGAAGAUGACCCAGGAAGAAUAUGCGCUGCUCACAGCCAUAGUUAUCCUGUCUCCAGAUCGACAAUACAUAAAGGACAGAGAGUCCGUGGAAAAGCUUCAAGAACCCCUGCUGGAUAUUCUACAAAAAUUCUGCAAACUUCACCACCCGGAUAACCCUCAACACUUUGCAUGUCUUCUGGGCCGUCUUACAGAAUUACGGACAUUUAACCAUCAUCACGCAGAGAUGUUGAUGUCAUGGAGAGUGAAUGAUCACAAAUUCACACCUCUUCUCUGUGAGAUAUGGGAUGUGCAGUGAUGGAUACUUUUUAUUUGAGGAGAAAUAUCUUUUUAAAGGACCACAUAGCAUUUAUUUUCACAGAAAAAUAUCCCACAGUACAUUAAAUUUUCUUUACUGCAUUUUUAUAGAUACAUGCCAGGGAUUCAUAAAAGUAAUUUUGUUCAGUAUACACAGAACACUGUAUAGCUAUCAGAUUUUCACACGUGAGUAUAAUUUUCUCUGUAUUUAUAUUCUCUGAUCAGAAAGAGCCCAGCAGCUCCUCAGAGGAACCCUGUUAAUUCCUGCUGCAAUUAAGCUGGUUGCAAUUACAGUUCCUCUUGACAAAUGGGGAAAUGCAGGUUUCCACCCGUAUUUUUUUCACUGCAGUGUUUUUGUGCUUGGCCUCCAUUAAAGAAUAUAUCCCAGAUAUUUACGGUAAUAAACCAGCUGACAUGAUUAAUGCUAGAGUCAUUUGCUGUUCAACUGUGAAACGUGUUCACGUAAGAUGCACAAGCUCUUAUUUCUUCGGAAAGUGAAAAAGUACGGAACGGAGAAAAGCCACACACACAAGAAAACCCUUUUCAUUAUAUAAACAUGUAACUUAAUUUGCAUUAUUAUUUCCAAGUAAAAAUUAUACAGUAUCUAAA